AUGUUGUGGCAAGGUUACUUAGUGCUUGCCACACUGCUGGGAGCAGGAUGUUUGGUAACUGGACAAGGCGAUAACUAUUACAAUCAAAGAAAUUACAAUCAGCAACAACAACAACAACAACAACCGCUGGGGCCGACGACAUCGACGUUUCCUAAUCAACAACAAUUCGACUAUAAUAACAAUCAACAACAACAAUUUGACUACAAUAAUCAACAACAACAAUAUGGCGAUCCAUUGAAUCCACAAUCAUUUCCAAAUGGCAAUUCUGCCAAUUUACCUGGCAGCACAUACAAUGAUUUAUCCCAGCAGGAUGAUUACAACAAACGUUUAAAUCAGGGCGGAGGAUCAACAUUGAAUGGCAACACGGAUGAUGAAGUUGAUUUUUCACUUGGAAAAUCUUCGUAUAAUGUGAAAGCAACAUUUUUGGAAUCUCUACAUUCUCGUGAGCCAACAUAUUUUAUAGUGGCCUCUCGCAUGGUUCGCCCGGGUCUCAUCUAUCAGGUGUCUGUUUCGAUACUGCAGGCCCAAUAUCCCAUCACAGUGCAUGCCAGUAUCUCGUGCGAUGGUGUCCAAAUCAGUGGUGAUUCCAAAGAUGUCAAAGAGGGUAUACCCGAAACCUUGCUCAUGCGUAUUCCCCCCACUAGUGUGAUUGGUGAAUAUAAAUUGCGUGUCGAGGGUUUCUAUCAGAAUGUUUUUGGUGGUGUGGCUUUUCUCAAUGAGACACGAUUGGAUUUCUCACAGAGAUCAAUGACCAUAUUCGUGCAAACGGAUAAACCUCUCUAUAUGCAAGGUGAAACUGUACGUUUUCGUACGAUACCCAUAACAACGGAACUGAAGGGUUUUGAUAAUGCCAUUGAUGUUUAUAUGCUCGAUCCCAAUAGACAUAUACUCAAGCGUUGGUUAUCACGACAAUCGAAUUUGGGUUCCGUUUCGUUGGAAUACAAACUGUCGGAUCAACCUCUGUUUGGUGAAUGGACUAUACGUGUGAUAGCUCAGGGACAACAGGAGGAAAGCCAUUUCACUGUCGAGGAAUACUAUCAGACACGUUUCGAGGUUAAUGUCACAAUGCCAGCAUAUUUCUUCACGACCGAUAGAUUUAUAGAGGGACGUAUUAUGGCCAAUUUUACCAGUGGACUGCCUGUGCGCGGAAAUCUUACCCUUAAGGCCACCAUUCGACCCAUUGGUUACUUUAGUAAUCAAGUGCUUAAUGAGAAAUUCCGUUUGGGCCGCUCACCCUUGGAGCAGGCGAAUCGUUAUAAUGAACGCUGGCGUUAUAAUAAUCCCAAUCUAAAUCCACAAGUUCAAUACAAUGUACCACAAUUGGGACAAGAUGGAGCUGAUAUAUCACAAGAUAUUUUAUAUCGCAAUCAAUAUGUCGUCGAGCGGCACUAUCAAUUCGAUGAGGAAUGGCCAUUUUGGGUGCGUAAACCCGAAUUCCAAGAGACCUAUGAUAGCUGGACAGGUGGUUAUCGCAAAACUUUGCCCUUCCUACGUUAUUUCAAUGGUACAUUCGAUUUCAAAUGGCCACUAAGAGAAUUGGAUACGCUUGUCCCAAGUUUGGCCAAUAUGGAGGUACUGAUAACAGCCACAGUUGGUGAAAAAUUCUAUGAUGAGAUGAUUAGUGGCUAUGCGGUUGCCCGCGUCUAUAAUUCUAGUGUACGUGUGGCAUUUUUGGGUGAAUCACCGCAAGUGUUUAAACCGGCAAUGCCAUUUACCACUUACUUGGUUGCGGAAUAUCAUGAUGGAUCACCGAUUUCUACCAAUGUGUUGCGGAACUGCUCAAUGGAUAUUAGUGGCUAUGUGGAGAGUCGUAAUGGUGGUCGACGGGAUUGGCCCGGAAAACGUUUGCUAAUGUCACAGCAGAGUGCAGGCAUUUGGGAACUUAAAAUCGAUAUACGUAAUGAUCUUGGCCUAAGUGAUAGUAAACAGGCCACAGAUUUCUUGAAUGGUGUACAGAAUAUGCGACUGCAUGCAGUCUUUAUAGAUAAUCGCGAUGAACUGUCCCCGCGAGAACCAAAUAGAAUUGCAGAAAAGGACUUGCUGCUAGUCUCUCAUUAUUCACCUAGAAAUCAGCAUAUCAAAAUUACAACCAGCACCGAGCAACCAGUUGUCGGAGAAUAUAUCAUUUUCCAUAUACAAACCAAUUUCUUUUUGGAGGAAUUCAAUUAUCUAAUCAUGUCAAAGGGUGUCAUAUUGGUCAAUGAUCGUGAAACUAUCACAGAAGGUAUACGUACCAUUGCGGUGGUUCUAAGUGCCGAAAUGGCUCCAAUGGCCACCAUGGUUGUGUGGAAGAUCACCCCACAGGGUCAAGUUGUUGCAGAUUCAUUGACCUUCCCAGUUAAUGGCAUAUCGCGUAACAAUUUCACUGUCUACAUUAACAAUCGCAAGGCAAGAACUGGUGAAAAGGUUGAAGUUGCCAUUUUUGGAGAACCUGGCUCUUAUGUGGGUCUAUCGGGCAUCGAUAGCGCCUUCUACACUAUGCAAGCGGGAAAUGAACUCACCUAUGCCAAGAUUAUAACAAAAAUGUCCAAUUUCGAUGAGCAAACAAAUGGCACAUAUAAACACAUUUGGUAUUCCCAUGAAGGAAAUCCAGAUGAAUUGGUUUAUUUCCCAGCCUCGUCGUUCGGUGUGGAUGCCAAUCGGACAUUUGAGUACAGUGGACUGAUUGUCUUUACGGAUGGCUAUGUGCCGCGUCGUCAGGAUACUUGUAAUCGCACUUUGGGCUAUGGUGAAUGUUUGAGUGGACGUUGCUAUCGUUUGGAGAAAAAAUGUGAUGGCCUCUUCGAUUGUGAUGAUGGCACCGAUGAGAUUGGUUGUCAUGUGCGAAAUGACACCGAGUUGCUUAACUAUCGCAAAUAUCGUUUCAGUCGUGUGCUGCGUCACUAUGAGAAUGUUUGGCUGUGGAAGGAUGUGAAUAUUGGACCACAUGGACGUUAUAUAUUCAAUAUUGAGGUACCCGAUCGUCCAGCCUAUUGGAUGGUCAGUGCUUUCAGUGUCAGUCCCUCCAAAGGGUUUGGCAUGUUGAAUCGCGCUUUGGAAUAUGUUGGCGUUCAGCCAUUCUUUAUUAAUGUGGAAAUGCCAUCCGCUUGUCGUCAGGGUGAACAAGUGGGCGUAAGGGUGACCGUUUUCAAUUACAUGACCACACCCAUUGAGGCAACAGUUGUAUUGCACGGCAGUCCGGAUUAUAAAUUUGUUCAUGUCGAAGAAGAUGGCAUCGUGCGUUCAUAUAAUCCAAGGACAAGUGGCGGAGAACAUCAGUUCUUUAUAUAUUUAGAUGCUCAGGGUACUACCACGGUUUAUGUGCCCGUAGUGCCACAACGUUUGGGCAAUAUUGAUGUAACCUUGCAUGUGGCCACACUUUUGGGAACGGAUACCAUAACAAGAACCUUGCAGGUUGAAUCCGAUGGCUUACCACAAUAUCGUCAUCAAUCUGUAUUGCUGGAUCUCUCGAAUCGUGCCUAUGUCUUGGAGUAUAUGCAUGUGAAUGUUACCCAGACCCCGGAAAUACCAUACCAAGUGGAUCGUUACUUUGUCUAUGGAUCGAAUAAGGCGCGCAUCUCGGUUGUGGGCGAUGUGGUUGGUCCCAUCUUUCCCACAAUGCCAGUGAACGCAAGUUCCCUAUUGUAUUUACCCAUGGAAUCGGCUGAACAGAAUGCCUUUAGCUUUGCGGCCAAUCUUUAUACCAUAAUGUAUAUGCGUCUGAUUAAUCAGCGAAAUAAGACUCUGGAGAAGAAUGCCUUCUAUCACAUGAACAUUGGCUAUCAAAGGCAAUUGAGUUUUAUGCGACAAGAUGGUAGCUUUUCGUUAUUCCGCUCCGAUUGGAACAAUUCGGAUUCAUCCGUAUGGUUGACCAGCUACUGUUUACGCAUCUUCCAAGAGGCUAGCUUCUAUGAGUGGGAAAAUUUCAUAUGGAUUGAUUCGACAAUCAUUGAGAAGAAUAUGCGUUGGCUGCUUCAGCAUCAGACGCCGGAGGGUUCAUUCUAUGAGGUCACCUGGUUGCCGGAUCGCAAAAUGAAUCGUACCAAUUUCGCCAACUAUACUAGUCUAAGAAAUCGUAAUAUUACGCUGACUUCCCAUGUAUUGAUCACCCUGGCCACAGUUAAGGAUUUGUCGGGCACUUUGGGCUCUCGUGUGGCUUUGGCCACACAACGUGCCAUCGCCUGGAUAGAGAGAAAUAUGCAAUUCCUGCAAGAGACACCAGAACCCUUCGACGUUGCGAUCACAGCUUAUGCUCUGCAAUUAUGUAACUCACCCAUUGCCGAGCAUGUCUUUGGUAUACUCCGCAGACACGCACGAACCAUCGGAGACUUUAUGUAUUGGGGCAAUCACGAAUUGCCACAGCCGCCGCGUAAAUUGGAAAAUCAGAAAUGGUUCUCCUUGCCGCGUUUACCCUACGAGUAUGAUGCAUUGAAUAUUGAGACAACUGCAUACGCUCUUUUGGUAUAUGUGGCACGUCGUGAAUUCUUUGUGGAUCCCAUUGUCCGUUGGUUGAAUGCUCAACGUUUGCAAGAUGGUGGCUGGGCCUCCACACAGGACACCAGUGCAGCUCUCAAGGCAUUGGUCGAGUAUACCGUGAGAUCGAGAAUUCGUGAAGUUUCCUCAUUGACUGUGGAAAUUGAGGCUUCGUCUCAGGGUGGUAAAACUCAAGCAUUGCACAUAGAUGACACAAAUCUGGCCAGACUGCAGAGCAUUGAGAUACCCGAUGCAUGGGGCACCAUUAAAGUUCAGGCAAAGGGCGCUGGUUAUGCCAUCUUGCAAAUGCAUGUUCAAUAUAAUGUUGAUAUAGCGAAAUUCCAAACAAAACCACCAGUGCCAGCAUUUGGCUUGAACACACGUGCCAUAUUCCAUGGCAGGAAUCAGUCGCAUAUCUCAUAUGUCACCUGUCAAAAAUGGCUGCACACCGAAGAGUCUGAGCGUUCGGGCAUGGCUGUCCUCGAUGUGGCUAUACCUACUGGCUAUUGGAUACAGCAGCAAAAACUAGACACUUAUGUUCUGAGCAAUCGUGUGAGAAACUUGAGACGAGCUCGCUAUCUGGAACGCAAAAUUGUCUUCUAUUUUGAUUAUUUGGAUCAAGAAGAUAUAUGUGUGAACUUUACCAUAGAGCGUUGGUAUCCAGUGGCCAAUAUGUCACGCUACUUACCUGUUCGCGUUUACGACUUUUAUGCGCCUGAGCGCUUCAAUGAGUCAAUAUUCGAUGCUUUACCCACAUAUUUGCUUAACAUUUGUGAAGUGUGCGGCAGUUCGCAAUGUCCAUAUUGCUCCAUCUACAACAUGGGAUGGCGUGCCUCCAUGUCCGUGUCGCUGCUAUUCUUCAGUGUGUUCGUCUAUUUGCUGCGCAGUCGUACGCAUUUGGUCUUAAAUAUGUUGCAGUUGCUCACCUAAGCGAAAAAACGAAUCAAAGAGAAACUAAAACCACAAACCAUGCAAAGUCAUCAGUUGAUUUUUAAGAAUCUCUUUUUAAUUUUUUUUAGUUUUCAACACACACAUAGACGUAAUACAAACAUAUGUGCAUUCCGU